GGGGUCCGGAGUGGCAGUAAAGGAGAAAGAUGGCGGGAUGCAGGGGGUCCCUGUGCUGCUGCUGCAGGUGGUGCUGUUGCUGCGGCGAGCGGGAGACCCGCACCCCGGAGGAGCUGACCAUCCUUGGAGAGACCCAAGAGGAAGAGGAUGAAAUCCUUCCAAGAAAAGACUAUGAGAGUCUGGACUAUGAUCGCUGCAUCAAUGACCCUUACCUGGAAGUUUUGGAGACCAUGGAUAACAAGAAAGGCCGAAGGUAUGAGGCAGUGAAGUGGAUGAUGGUGUUUGCCAUUGGCGUCUGCACUGGCCUGGUGGGUCUCUUUGUGGACUUCUUUGUGCGCCUCUUCACGCAGCUCAAGUUUGGAGUGGUGCAAGCCUCCGUGGAAGAAUGUAGCCAGAAAGGCUGCCUCGCCCUCUCCCUGCUUGAACUCCUGGGUUUCAACUUGACCUUUGUCUUCCUGGCCAGCCUUCUGGUCCUCAUUGAGCCCGUGGCCGCGGGUUCCGGGAUCCCCGAGAUCAAGUGCUACCUGAACGGAGUGAAGGUGCCGGGUAUUGUCCGCCUCCGGACCCUGCUGUGCAAAGCCUUUGGGGUGCUGUUCAGCGUGGCUGGAGGGCUCUUUGUGGGGAAGGAAGGCCCCAUGGUCCACAGUGGUGCGGUGGUGGGAGCUGGCCUGCCUCAGUGCCAGAGCCUCUCCUUACGCAAGAUCCAGCUGAACUUCCCCUAUUUCCGAAGCGACAGAGACAAGCGGGACUUUGUAUCGGCAGGGGCAGCUGCCGGCGUCGCCGCGGCUUUCGGGGCUCCCAUCGGGGGUACCUUGUUCAGCCUGGAGGAGGGCUCGUCGUUCUGGAACCAAGGGCUGACGUGGAAAGCGCUCUUUUGCGCCAUGUCUGCCACCUUCACCCUCAACUUCUUUCGUUCUGGGAUUCAGCUUGGAAGUUGGGGUUCCUUCCAGCUCCCUGGAUUGCUGAACUUCGGCGAGUUUAAGUGCUCUGACUCUGAUAAAAAAUGUCAUCUCUGGACAGCUAUGGAUUUGGGUUUCUUCAUCGUGAUGGGGGUCAUUGGGGGCCUCCUGGGAGCCACAUUCAACUGCCUGAACAAGAGGCUUGCAAAGUACCGUAUGCGAAACGUGCACCCGAAGCCUAAGCUCGUCAGAGUCCUGGAGAGCCUCCUGGUGUCCCUGGUCACCACCGUGGUGGUGUUUGUGGCCUCCAUGGUGUUGGGAGAAUGCCGGCCGAUGUCGUCUUCGAGUCAGCUGGGUAAUGGCUCACUCCAGCUCCAGGUCUCACCCGAAGACGUGAAUUCAAGUGUCAAGACCUAUUUUUGCCCCAAUGAGACCUACAAUGACAUGGCCACGCUCUUCUUCAACCCCCAGGAGUCUGCCAUCCUUCAGCUUUUCCACCAGGAUGGUACCUUCAGCCCCCUCACUCUGGCCUUGUUCUUCGUCCUCUACUUCUUGCUCGCGUGCUGGACGUACGGCCUCUCUGUCCCCAGCGGCCUCUUUGUGCCGUCUCUGCUGUGUGGAGCGGCUUUUGGGCGCCUGGUCGCCAGUGUCCUCAAGAGCUACAUCGGGUUGGGCCACAUCUAUUCGGGGACCUUCGCCCUGAUCGGUGCCGCGGCCUUCCUGGGCGGGGCCGUCCGGAUGACCAUCAGCCUCACGGUCAUCCUGGUCGAGUCCACCAACGAGAUCACGUACGGGCUGCCCAUCAUGAUCACCCUGAUGGUGGCCAAGUGGACGGGGGACCUCUUCAACAAGGGCAUCUACGACAUCCACGUGGGCCUGCGAGGCGUGCCGCUUCUGGAGUGGGAGACCGACGUGGAGAUGGACAAACUGAGAGCCAGCGACAUCAUGGAGCCCAACCUGACCUACGUGUACCCGCACACCCGCAUCCAGUCCCUGGUCAGCAUCCUGCGCACCACGGUCCACCACGCCUUCCCCGUGGUCACCGAGAACCGCGGCAAUGAGAAGGACUUCAUGAAGGGCAACCAGCUCAUCAGCAACAACAUCCGGUUCAAGGUGAGCAGAGCGGCCUGGGUGAGGGCGGACGGGCGGCCAGUGGCUCUUCGCUACUUGCGGGCGCUGGCGCUCGCCGCUCCCCCUAGGGCGGCCGUUGGCUCCUGCGGGGCAUCGCCCCACUGAGCACACGUGAGGCGGUGAGCUCAGGCUUGACAGCCAGCGUGGCCGCUGCUGGCCGUCGGGGUGCGUGCCCAGCCUCCCUGCAGCCACGUGUGGUCAGGCCGCCGGCAGGGCCAGCUGUAUCGCGAGGGCUGUCUGGAGUUGCCAGUGGCUAAGACAGACUUCGGCCUACUGAGAAAGAAGGUGAAUCAGUCCGCGGCCACGGACUGGCAGGAAGCCGAGGCGCUGGCACGAUGCCCUGGCAGGCGGGCGGCUUCCGGUGGCCCCGAAGGGACAUCCAGGCAGAGGCAACCCUUUUGCUU